AUGGUUUCGCUCUCCACCUCCACGAGCAACGCUUACCCACUCCCGUCGGCGUAUAACCGCCGGCCGGCGGAGAGAAUCGUUUCAGUGCGAUGUGUCUCCAUUUCCCCGCGCGAGCCCAAAUACAGAGCUCCUUCUGAUAAUACCAACAGUUCCUCCUUCUCGCUUAGAGAGACGAGGCAGAGCAAGUGGCAGACGAACACGGAAGAGGUAAAUGAUAGAGAGUCGAAGGAGAUUAAAGAGGAAAUUAACACAAAAAUAGCGUCUAGGAAAGCGAUAUCGAUAAUACUGCGAAGAGAAGCUACGAAAGCGAUAAUCGAGAAGAAGAAAGGACCGACCAACUCGAAGAAGCUGCUUCCGAAGACGGUGCUUGAAGCUCUUCACGAGAGAAUCACAGCUCUCCGAUGGGAAUCUGCAAUUCAGGUGUUUGAGCUAUUGAGAGAACAGCUAUGGUACAAACCAAACGUUGGCAUAUAUGUAAAGAUGAUUGUCAUGCUUGGGAAAUGCAAGCAGCCGGAGAAGGCUCAUGAGCUCUUUCAGGGAAUGAUCAGUGAAGGCUGUGUGGUGAAUCAUGAAGUCUACACAGCGCUUCUCUCUGCUUAUAGCAGGAGCGGUCGCUUUGAUGCUGCGUUUACGCUUCUGGAACGUAUGAAAAGUAGUCAUAACUGUCAGCCGGAUGUGCACACUUAUUCAAUCCUCAUCAAGUCGUUUCUUCAGGUUUUUGCCUUUGAUAAGGUUCAGUCUCUGCUUUCUGCUAUGAGAAAGCAAGGCAUUAGGCCCAAUACUAUCACUUAUAACACCAUCAUCGACGCUUAUGGGAAAGCAAAAAUGUUUGUGGAGAUGGAAUCAACACUAAUCGAAAUGCUUGGAGAGGAUGAUUGCAAGCCUGAUUCUUGGACUAUGAACUCAACUCUUAGAGCAUUUGGGGGUAAUGGACAGAUAGAGAUGAUGGAGAAUUGUUAUGAUAAGUUUCAGAGCUCUGGGAUUGAGCCAAACAUCAGAACCUUCAAUAUCCUUCUUGAUUCGUAUGGGAAAACAGGAAACUACAAGAAGAUGAGUGCAGUGAUGGAAUUCAUGCAGAAGUAUCACUAUUCAUGGACCAUAGUCACCUACAACGUGGUCAUCGACGCGUUCGGGAGAGCAGGAGACUUAAAGCAAAUGGAGUACUUGUUUAGGCUAAUGCAAUCGGAGAGGAUAAGACCGAGCUGCGUUACACUGUGUUCUCUUGUUCGUGCCUAUGGAAGAGCUGGUAAAGCGGAUAAGAUUGGAGGAGUCUUGCGUUUCAUCGAGAACUCGGACAUAAGGUUGGACCUUGUGUUCUUUAACUGUCUGGUGGAUGCUUACGGGAGGAUGGGGAAGUUUGCAGAGAUGAAAGGUGUUCUGGAACUGAUGGAGAAGAAGGGGUUUAAACCUGAUAAGAUUACAUACAGGACGAUGGUUAAGGCUUACAGAAUUAGUGGCAUGACUAGCCAUGUAAAGGGACUUCAUGGUGCGGUCGAGUCCGUUGGUGAAGCAGAAGUUGUGCCGAAGAAGCCGGAUUUUUAG